AUGCCAGCAGCCGGCAAGCCGAAGCCGUCCAAGCGGUUUGGGACGUUUGGCGACCCCGACCGCGAGCUCACGCAGGCGGAGAGGGAGUUCUACGCAACUCUGGCGCGCAUUCGCGAAGAUCGCCGAAAGGGCAAGGAAAGCGUAAUGUCGCGGGAGAAGUCCGCCGACAAACCAUUCUUGCGUCGCAAGCACUCCCAGACACCGGCUAACGCUGCCUCAGGGAGCGCGCUGCGAGCGCCCGCCUCCCCACCGCGCGACAACCGCCUCGCCGUGCUCUCGGCUGUGGGUCUCCCGGAUCGUACUGCCCCGCUUGUCUGGGAACCAGACUGUUACAAAGCCCGGGACCGCGCGGCGUCGGCGUGUGUUUCCAGUUGUACCCAACACAUGCCGGAGCCAAGGCGAGGCUUCGGCUUCAAUGACCAGCAUGCUCCAGAGAGUCUCUGUAAACCUAGCGAUUCCAUUCUUCUCCCGUCGCACUAUCAGAGUGCACGGUCGGGUCACGAGAGCGCGCCGCGCCGGCAGUCCCCACGGCGCGCUCCCAAAGGUCCACUGGCGUCUGCAGGUAAUUCGCCCGACCGCACCCCUAACAUGCCUCUAGAGAUCGGACUCUUGGAAAGGUUACAGCAGAUGAAACUCUCGAGCGCGCCGCAAACAUCGGCGCAGGAAUUUCCCAAGCGCGGGAACUCCAACCCGUCAAGCGCCAUGAGCGGUGGUGGCGAUGGUGAGAAUGUUGACUUGUCGUGCGUUACCGACCUCAGCAACGACAAGGCGGACGUGGAGGGUCGCAUCGACAGGGCACUCGGCGCGCUCCACGGCGAAUAUUUCAGUGGCUGCUCAUUCCGUAUUCAUGGGCUGACGGACGAGCAGAUGCCAACGCUAGAGGUUCUCGCCGCCGCCGAGAAACUCGUGAGAGCUCGAAACGACUCGGAGACGGCGUCGAUGAGAGCCGAUCCGACGGCGAGGCAAGAGUCCAAAGAGGCGACGGCAUCGGCUGGAAAGGGCUCACAGGCGCGGGCACCGAGCUUCCCGUCGCUAAUCAGGUCGACAGUACAAGCAACGGCAGCAGUCCUCACACCAGCGCGCACGUCGUCGCCUUUAUCGAGAACAGAGGCCAUGCGUGCGACUCCCUCGCCCCCACUGACACAGCCACUCCCAACUCUGCAUAACAAUGGCGCAGGGGGGCAUGCCGGAAAUGCUUCAUCUGAAACCAGGAGCCAAGUAGGCAGCCAGCCACCUGCAUGCGUGUCCAGCAGGAGUCGAGGAGCGAGCUCCUCGCGCAGUCGUAAAGGUGGAUUCCUAGGCCUCCUCUGCUGCACCAAUGGUAACGCAUCACAACGCGGGUUGGCGGAAAAGACGGGUACGCCAGUGUUACAGGGCGCCCCGAGAAAGGAUGUCUACACGCAAACAAAGCCUGCGAGCGGCGCUACGGCAGUUGACGAGGCAUGUUGCCGGUACGUGGAGCAGUGCCGUCGUGAGGAGCAGGAGCUCAGAAAAUUGAUUGAGUGGGAGCGACAACGUGCAGGCACGGCACCUCCGAAAGUCAGUGCUGCCGUCUCCUCCGCCGCACUCAGCGGGACGGCGACAGAGGCAGACAGCGCAGUAGCAACGUCUUCCUCUCCGACAAAGAAGGUCGCCGGUGUCUCAGCCUCCUCUCACCAUCGCCCGGCGUCAGCGACCAUUUUGGGUGCAUCGACGGAGGAACAGGCGAGCCCCAGUGGCAGCUCGGCGGAUCGCACAAAACGGAGAUGCGAACCUGCCUGCCACAGUGGACGACCAACGCCGCUGUCGUGCACGGAUCUGAAUCACCUGAACAUAAACAAGUCUGUUCGAAAGCGUAGCGGCUCGCGGUCCCCCGCGCACGCGUACCCCGUCAUCGCUGGAAUGGCAGACGACGCGUCAAGCGAGAGCACGCCAUCUGCUCAGCCGAAAAUCGCAGUAGCAGGUGCCGGCGGCGGCGGUGGCGUCUCUCCCAACAACGCCGCCAGCAUGACCGCCGUCAUCCUACUAACCCCCAUGCACGAGGUGGGCAGAUCUCGGAGCCGACCCUUCCAAUCCCACCUGCAAGGCCCCGACAAUGUAGCACCCUUCACCGCCGCCCUCUGCUACGAGUCAUUGUCUGCAGAGGAGUCUCAGAUAAGCUCCCGUGCCAUCAGUGUCGUGGACAUAUCAUCCACUGCGAGCCACUGCAGUACUUCAGCGUCCGUCUCAGUGGCGGAGGAAACAGUGCAGGAGAUGGUCAUGGCGUACAGCACGGCAGGCUUGCCCCAUAUGAACACGCUACACAAGAACGCCGGCGCACCCAGUGAUCCGACCCGUGAGCGAGCUCAUUCCGUUGGCGUCGCGACAGACCAGUCGUCAUCACCGUCUGCUCGACAACGCGAGUCUCUGCAUGGCGUGCUGAGUGGGGCACCAGUGCACACGGCGUCUUUUGGGGCCACAGGGAUGGGCGCAACGAUCGGCGAUGCCUUCGAGACCGGGAGCGAACUCUACGUCUUCCCGUUCCUGCUGGAGUGCCAAGGCGACACUUCGCCACAGCAGCAGAAUGUGCAUUUCCAGACGCCCAUGCGCCAUCAUCGGCCCAGGUAG